GCAGGGCUGCAGUGAAGCGCGGCUGAUGUGCGCGAUUCCCUCAUAGAUGCGCGUGAACGUCAAACCGUCUUUUACCACAGGAAAUCGGUAAGGAUUUUAUUUAUUUCAUACGAGUUCAUGACGGAUCCGGCGUUGUCUUUUAUUAAUUCUUGGAGACGGCAGAGAUUUUCACCGGCACGGACACUAUGCGCUCGGUAACCGGGAGCUGAUGCUGACAUUUAAACCAUCCGCCAUCCUCUGACAGUCAAUUAAACGGUGAACACUGCGCCCAUUUCUGUUCAAUCGUUCUGCAGAAGACGUCGAGAUGUCUAUGAAAUCAAAGAACGGCGAGGCGGUGAAGGUGGUCGUUCGGUGUCGCCCGCUGAACCGCAAAGAAGAAUCGUCGGGUUAUGAGAACAUUGUAGAGAUGGAUGUAAAACUGGGCCAGGUUGCCCUGCGGAACCCAAAGGCGGCUCCGGGAGAUCUGCUCAAAACCUUUACGUUUGAUGCCGUUUACGAUGCGUGCUCCAAACAGAGCGACCUGUACGAUGAAACGGUCCGGCCGCUCAUAGACUCGGUGUUACGCGGGUUUAACGGCACCAUCUUCGCGUACGGACAAACAGGCACCGGAAAGACAUACACAAUGCAGGGCCAGUGGCUUGACGGCGAACGCCGCGGCGUCAUCCCCAACUCGUUCGAGCAAAUCUUCACGCACAUCUCGCGCUCUCAGAACCAGCAGUACCUCGUCCGGGCCUCGUAUUUGGAGAUCUAUCAGGAGGAGAUAAGAGACCUGCUCACCAAAGAUCACAGCAGAAAGCUGGAGCUAAAGGAGAGUGCAGACUCAGGGGUCUACAUCAAAGAUCUCUCCUCCUUCGUGACCAAGAACGUGAAGGAGAUCGAGCACGUGAUGAACGUGGGCAACCAGACCAGAUCCGUGGGCUCCACCAACAUGAACGAGCACAGCUCCAGAUCGCACGCCAUCUUUAUCAUUACGGUGGAGUGCAGCCAGCUCGGUCCAGAUGGCCAGAACCAUAUCCGGGUGGGCAAGCUCAACCUGGUGGAUUUGGCUGGCAGCGAGAGGCAAACCAAGACAGGUGUCCAAGGAGAACGUUUGAAGGAGGCCACCAAGAUAAACUUGUCCCUCUCUGCUCUAGGAAACGUUAUUUCUGCACUGGUAGAUGGUCGAAGUUCUCACGUACCCUACCGUGACUCCAAACUCACACGGUUGCUUCAGGAUUCGCUGGGAGGGAACGCGAAAACCAUCAUGGUGGCCACUCUGGGGCCAGCUUCCUACAAUUACGAGGAGACCCUUACCACCCUGCGCUACGCCAACCGGGCCAAGAACAUCAAGAAUAAGCCACGUGUCAACGAAGACCCCAAAGACGCCCUUCUGAGAGAGUUCCAGGAGGAGAUCGCCCGGCUAAAAGCGCAGCUGGAUAAGCGUGGCAUGCUCACCAGGAGGAAGAGAAGGAGCAGGAGACUGAGGAAGAUUGGAGAUGGGGAUGAGGAAGAGGUAGAUGGGGAUGAAGAGAGCGAGGAUGAUGAAGAAAGUGUGGAGAAGGAGGCACAGGAGUACAUGAAGGAGCAGCAGGAGACGCUGGAGAGAGAGAAGGAGGCCAUCAGAGAUGACCAUUCUUUGGUGGCAGAGGAGAAACAGAGACUCUUGGAGGAGAAAGAGAGGAUGAUGAGACACUUGAAGAAGGAGCAGGAGGCCACCGAACUUCUCACCGCCAAGUUUAAGGCGAUGGAGAGCAAGCUGCUGGUUGGUGGGAAGAACAUUAUUGAUCACACCAAUGAGCAACAGAAGAUGCUUGAGUUGAAACGGCAUGAGAUUGCCGAACAGACACGCAGGGAAAGAGAAAUGCAGCAACAGAUGUUGGUUCAAGAUGAAGAAACAGUAGAACUGAGAGAAACGUUCUCAUCGCUACAACAAGAAGUUGAAGCAAAAACAAAGAAACUCAAAAAGUUGUAUGCGAAGCUUCAGUCUCUGAAGGCAGAUAUUAAGGAUGUAAAUGACGAACAUGUACGAAGUCGACAGGAGCUAGAACAAACUCAAAAUGAACUGACAAGAGAGCUCAAGUUCAAGUAUCUGAUCAUAGAGAACUUCAUCCCUCCUGAAGAAAAGAAUAAAAUCAUGAACAGACUUCAGUUUGAUGCUGAGGAAGAUCAAUGGAAGUUUCAGCCUCUCGUCCCAUCAGAGAAUAAAUUCACUCAGAAAAAAAGACCCACCUCCGCCGUGGGAUACAAGCGACCAAUCAGCCAGUAUGCCAGGGUUGCCAUAGCGAUGGGAGCUCAUUCCAGAUACAGGGCUGAGAAUAUAAUGGUUCUGGAGCUGGACAUGACUCCUCCUGUUGUGUUUCAACUGCACUCCCCAAAGUCUGGAUCAGAGGCGUCCCACGACCCUCUAUGGGACAACUCCCCCUACAGAGAGAAAUCAGCAACCGGACGGGUUCGAAAAUCUCAAUCGUGGUGUCAGUCUCCACAAGUCAUGUCCUCCUCAAGCUCCACCCUCUCGCUGGCUUCCUCAGGGUCCCACAGUCUGCCACACCCACAAAACAUUACCAUGGCAACAGCUCAUAAAUGAAACAGGAAUCACCUCCCAAAACAACUGUUAUAUAAGACGGGGUAAGACAAACCCCUCCAUCACCAUGAAACAAUGACUCUGACGAAAAACCGGAGAAAUCAACCAAUCCUCAGAUGAUCCCUGAUAAACCAGCCCACUUUUCUGCAGUCAGUUUGAUGCAAUUUUUUACUCUCAUCAGGACCAAUAAAACAAUUAAUAUAUAAAUGAUAUUCCCCUUUCCUUGCUCUCUGCUUUUAAUCCUCAGGACAGUUUUGACCUGAAAAGACUCUGAAUAAUCUCACCUUAGGCUUGUCAUGCUGUCACGUUUAAGAUUUAUAUUGCUCAUAUUGCUGCUUCUGAAACACUCGGUCACCUCCAGUGUUUACCUACUGACCAGUACCGGUCUUAUCCAGGGUUAGAGGACCACAUCUGGAAAACACACAGAAGCCGGGAUUGUGAUUGGUCAGAUGAGAGCUCUCUCUCGCUCUUUCUAUCUGCAUGUCUUAUUGUAUGUGUGUGCGUGUCUUUGUAAUUCUGAACAGGGUUUUGGAAGGAGUUGGCAGUCUGGCUGGACGACGGAUUUGCUUGGGUUCCCACGGAAAACCUGGAAAUAUCAGGGAAUUUAAACAUUUUAAUUUCCAGGACUGGAACAUGUCAUUUAAAUUAAUAGUUCACCCCAUAUUUUACACACCCUUAAGCCAUCCCAGCUGUAUAUGACUUCCUUUCUACAGCUGAACACAUCCAUCAUCAGAAAAAGUCAUCAGUAUGGGUUAAUAAACAUUUCUUGAGGCGAAGCGAUACAUUUGUGAGAGAAAAAUAUUUGUAUGUUAGGCUUAUUUAGCAAUGGAUACGUCACGUUUAAAUGUAAACACAUCUAGAUCAGAAAUUGUGGCACUUUACGGCGGUACGUAAGAUGAUCAUUGGUUCUUGUGAGUCUCGUUGCUAGUCAUGUUUGGUUGAAAGAAAGUCACUUAGGAUGUCUUAAAGCAACACCAAAGAGUUUUUUUUUUACUUUAAAAUAACGUUUCCAAAAAAGUUUCAGUGGUUCAUCCACUCAAAACAGGGUGAACGGCACUUUCACAUUCGCUUUGCAGCCCUCUAUCGGCCAAAACCACACUAAAGAAGUUUCCAACCGUCGGGUCGCGGUCCUGUAGUUCGAGUGAAAACUACAAAAACUUGCUUUACGGCAGACCUACAAUCCAAUCAGAGCCAGCUAUGCUGCAGUAUUUACGACAGUGCUAAUUAACAAUUACGCGUCUAACCUGUAGGGGGAGCAAAGAGCAAAAACUCUUUAGUGUUGCUUUAAGGGUGAGUAAAAUAUGCGCUAAUUUUUUAUUUGGGGUGAACUAUUCUUUUAUUAAAAUCUUAUAAUAUGGAAAUGUCAUGGAAACAAUCUAAUGGCAAUUUCAUUUGGUGCUGCUAAGGUCUUUCCACUUGAAAGACCCAAUGAAAUCAAAAUUGGAGUAUUGUGACAUUUAAUCCAUGUUUGAUAAGCAUGUAGCAAAUCAUGGUUCAUAAUUGUGAUCUAAAUAUAGUAGGGUGACCAUACGUACCAUUUUUCCGGGAUGCGUCCUGGCUUCCAAAGUGUGUUUUCCGAAAGUCGUAUUUGUUGAUCGAGGUUUAUUAUUUCAGGUUCUAUUUCCGUUACAUUUCAAGGUAAAUAUGAAACUACAAUGAUUUUAGAUGUUUUUAACUGAAAUGUGAUUGACAAAUACAACUUCCGGCAGAUGCAUCUGAAAUUCUGUCCAGGAAAAAAUGUCACUUAUGGUCAUCCUACGCUAAACUUAAUUGGGCUAAUUAAGACCAAAAAUAUUUUACCUAAGAUGCAUCACUGCUAUUGCUACGAAUGGAGAGAUUGUAACAAUCAAUAUGGCCGUUCUAGUCCCGCCUUCCUGUAAAAAGAGCCAAUCGUCAAGCGUUAAAGAAUGAUAAUGCACCCGGGGAGGGACUUUGCACAUGCGCAGUAUCUGAAUGCAUUGCAAACAUGGUGGUUAGGGAUGUUCAUUUCAGUUAAUUUUCACGACCAACAACCACAGUUAACUGAGCAUUAAGUGAUAAGAUUGUAAUAUUAAAUUGUCAUUGAGUAAAAAUACAGUUGACUGUGCCCCGGUGAAAACUAUACAAACAUUUUAUACAAUUUAAAUUUGUAUCAUUUACAGGCCAUUCACAAAUUAAGGAUAGAAAAGUGUCGAAAUGUCUGUAUGCACGUGUCAACAUACACCGUGCAUUAAAAAAUAUUUUAUUGGUCAUAAAUUCUUACCUUAGGUUAACAGGUCAAUAUGAGCCUUCCUAAUGGUUGGAACAGUGAUGUGACUUCCUAAAAAAAUCUGAUAAACGAACAAAGUUGCUACAUAAUCAUGACAGACUGGAAAAUAAUGGAAAUGUAAUGGUCGAAAGUGUGGGAACCCUGGAUCUCAAAACGUGAUUUGAGCAUGUGCUAUAAACUGGGCUUUGCUUAAACCUUUAAACCACUGCACUAAUUUAAAGCAUGAGAGAUCAUACAGUAGAUCUACAUUACUAGACAUGUACACAGAUAUGCCUUGCUUACUUGAUUUCUUCUUUAGCAACAGCCAUGGAUUCCAGUCAGAUGCCCUUCUAAUGUAUUUAUGAGAUUUGUUAUGUACAGGAGAUCUAUGUGUGUUUAUGUGUGUCAGAAAUGAGUGUUAUUGGCACAUCGAGUUGCUCUCAGUAAAUGAAAUUAAAUAAGCAGUUCUCUGGAAAAGUCUGCUGGUGUUGGUGAAAAUCUGUAAAAGUGUUGAGAGGUUGCUUAGGGAUAUUAGUUAGUCUUUACCAUAGC